GAAAACCGAAAAUGGGAUUCUAGAAACUUUCACAAUCUUCCUUGUUUCCUCCUCAUCGAAGCCCGACACUGUGAUUCCAGAAAUAUGGUAAGAAUCGAAAUUAUUCUGGUUUUUUUUAUUUCAUUAAUUUAUCUUGUUUGAUUGGUCAUUUUAAAGAUUUUGAGGAUUCAUGGCAUGAAAUUUAGGGUUUUUCUUUUUUUUUGGGAUUAGUUGCUCUUGGAGCUUGGAUCGUAGUUUAGCUCCAUUUUUAUAGUUGUUUAAUAUGCUAAUCUACGGCGGACGAAAGAUUUUGAGUUGGGAUUUUAAUUUUAUUUAUAUGCACUCACAAGCAGAAGCUAGACUUGAUCUAUACCAGAGGUAUAUCGGCACAUAUGACCUUCUUCCAGCUCUGAAUUGUUUCUCUAAUCUUGUAGAAGUUAUGCUUUGAUGUUGAUUUUGACUUGUUUUUCGUCUCUGAGGCGUGAGGGAUGUUUCCAACCAACUAAUGCAUAUGUACCAUGGUAUAUUGAAUGUAAAUUAAGUGACUUCUGGACUUCAAUGUCAAGGUGGUCGUUAGUGGCCAAGGCACGGGCCUAAUUUACCUCAGUAGAUAAAAAGCUUAAGUCUUCUCACUUGGUUUUGGGAUGUCAAGAACUUAUAUAUAUUGGGUAAUUGUUUUGAGUGGUUUUAGGAAGUUUGGUAGGUUUACUUUGUGAUCUGUGUGUUAUAAGUUGAGUUCCACCUUCCACUCAACACAUGUUGAUGGUGGGUAUGAAGGGACUUGCUUUUAGUAUCUUCUUCUCUUUAUGAUUCAUAUUCAUAUUUUUCUUUAGCAAUUACGCCCAUUUACUGUGGGGCAGAAGUCCUGUUAGUGUUUCCCUUGUUGUCUUGUUUCUCCACGACCAUACAUUUGGUAGAUAGUUGUCGUCGUGAGGAUCCAAAAAUAGUUGUGGAUCUCUAUUAAAUUAUUUGGAAAAAUGGUUUUUUGAGGAAUUGGUUGUGUUAAGUUUGAAAGGAGUUGACCCUAAACCUAGAAGUUUUCUAAUUGAGAAAGGCACACUUUUUCAGUUGCAAUAUCUUUAAUUAAUGAAGUUCUAGAUGUACAUCAGGCUACACCUUUUUUGGCUGGGCUUGCAGUUGCUGCUGCUGCUCUUGCUGGUAGAUAUGGGAUCCAAGCUUGGCAAGCAUUCAAGGCAAGGCCACCUAGGCCACGUAAAUUUUAUGAAGGCGGUUUCCAAACUACUAUGACAAAAAGGGAAGCAGCUCUUAUUCUUGGUGUUAGGGAGAAUGCAACACCUGAUAAAGUGAAGGAAGCACAUAGGAAAGUAAUGGUUGCAAACCAUCCCGAUGCCGGUGGCAGUCAUUACCUUGCCUCGAAAAUCAAUGAAGCAAAAGAUGUGAUGCUUGGUAAGACAAAGGGCAGCGGAUCUGCAUUCUAGUAACCAUUGAUUAUGCCCUGAUUUUAACAAUUCUGGAGAAGUAAAGUUGUUGCAGAAUCCUUUCAAAGUUGGCUUAUUUCAACAAUCCUAAUUACUAGCUAGUUGCUACCAAAGAUGAGAUGGAUGGAUGCAAGGUUAGCUAGUGUAGAUGAAAUCCUAUGUCCAGCUGUAAUUAAUGCCAGGAUUUCAAUGGGAUUUACAUUUUUGCUAAGACCUGGCCAAAAAAAAACUGCAUUGAAAUGUAAGUGGAUUCUUCUUACUUUAUUCUCCGUUGUUUCUCAUGGUGAGAGAUAAGUUUUUGAAGAGAAUCGAUUUGAGUUCAUCUUGAGUCUGUGUUUUGAGUUUCCACCUUCCUUAUUUUCAUAUCCUACUGAAUUUCUAGAGCAUUUGUUGAAAGCUGAACUUUGUGCUUUCCUUGUGAGAUAGCAGUCACUAGAAUUGCUUGUAUGCUGCUGUGGCUAUGACUUUUUUGAAUUAAAUUUUAAGAUCAAUU